AUGCUAGUAUGGUACAUGGUCGCAGCAAGCUUCUUCAUGCUCCUCCGAGGAUUGGUCGCUACAGUCAUCAGUCUCAUCAACACAGUCUUCUGGAUGGCGGUUGUGUUCAGCACGGCGGGCCCGAUGAUGUUGAGUGGACUCUAUGAAGCGCGGUUGGAUCGCAGGGUUGUGAGUGGGAUGUUGAAGGCGAUUAAGAAUGGGCAGGAUGGUGGACGAGAGAGGUUUUAUAGGAGGGUUGGGGGUUUGUACGUUAUUCUUGUGGGGAAUUUGGAGUUUGGGAGGGAGAUGAACAUUCCUGGUGAUGGUGUUGGGAAUGAGGGGGAGAGAGGCGAGGAGAGGAAGGAUAGUGGGAAGUGUGUUGAGAGUGAGAUUGUGGAGUUUGGGACGGGGGAUAGGGGGGAUGUUGUUGAGAGGAGUGUGUGGGAUGAUAUAAACACGCUUGUUAAACCCAGGGAUCUCAUUGAAGCAGAGGAUGCAGAUGCAGAUGCGAGAUCUCGGGGCAGGACUCUCUCGAAGGACUUCGUCGAACAUCUCACGAAGUUACAGAUCAACUAUCGAAAAACCACCGAAACGCGUCUCAAGGCGAUGCUGGAUUGUCAGGCCUCCUUUGGUGCUGUCAUCGGUGCUGCUGUUGUUUUCUUCGUGGGAUCUUUCCUUUUCUCGGUUGUCCAGAAUUUGACGACGAUCGGUGAUAAUGAUACAUCGCAUGCUUUGGCAUUCGGCAUGUGGUGGAUGAUAGGUCAUUUCCCCUUUUGCGAUUCAUUCUUACGCACGGAAACACAAAAUGGUAGUGUUUACUAACGUAUACUAGUCCCCCACGUUGCGAUUGUCAGUGGGUGUUUGUUAGCGGGAAAUAAUCCCAAUACACUAGAAGUGAUUAUUUGUAGCGUCCGAGAACCCUGGAACCGACAAGAAUCUACAGGAAAGGGGUGGUGGAGAAGCUGGUGGCAGAGGUAUUACAGCAGUGUGUAUGUACCAGUCCGUAUGGUAGAGAGAGGGAUGAAUAAAAGACUCUGGGUUCGGAGGUUGGUGAGAGAAUACCCAUUACCGAAGCCAGGAGCAACUCCUACACAGGGAGUGGCCGAAGAAGAAGACGAGUUAGACAUCGAACUAGAUCUUUGGGAUUGGGUGAUAAUGUCGGUGAUCGUGGUAUUCCUCAUGGGCGCCCCUUUCGUCCUCGCUUAUUUAACGAGCUUCUUUACCCCGGCGAUGGGACUAUCCUGUCGCGCCUUCACCAUUCUCCUCUAUUUCCUGUUUCAAGUCUGUUACAUGGCGAUCUGGGGCUGGGAUUUCUACACCAUGACACUAACCAUGCUCUGGCGAACCACUUCCGAAAAGCUCGCUCAAAGCACCAACCGCGACAUCGAGAGGAACCGACGAAAAUCCAGUACCUCAUCUACCAGUCCAUCCAGCAAAGUCCCCCAACCCUCUCCACUCAUCCAUAAACUCCUCCUCGGAUUCGUUAUCUUCGGCUCAACAUUUACCUCCGUCUUCGGAACGUGUUUCCAGCUGAUAGGACUGUAUCGGAAUUGUCUCUGCUACAUGCCGAUGAAGUACUGGCGCUCGGGCGACUUCUCGUUCGGUGUCUCGUCUAAUACGGCGGAUGAUAUUUUGUGGGCUAAGAGGGUGUGGUUGCCUACUGGGAUCACGAGUAUUGCGCUUAUGGUAAUGACUUGUUAUAUUGGAUGGUGGUAUCAGCGGCAUUGGAGGGUGCAGUUUCGGGAGGUGGUGAGGUUGUUACUUAAUCCGUCGAUGGUGGAAGGAUGUGUUGUGGGUAAUGAUGGGAAAGAAGGUGGCGAUGGGAUACCGAGAGAACAAGUCCUUUGA